AUGUCUCUCCCUUCGACCAAGGCGCCGCCCGCGCAGCUAUCCAUCCGCUCCUUCUUCCAGUCCAAACAGCCGAAAUACGCACCGCCGCCAUCAUCACGCGACAUCAUGAUGCCGUCAAACCCCCCCAAUUCGCCUCCUCCUUCUCGCGGGCCUCCGGUUCAAACCCUCUCAAUACCGCCCCCGCCGGCCAACCUUCCCCCAGAGGCGGCCAUUCGCCUCAUUACCGAGUCCGACAUCGCACCCCUGCGGCGCAUCAACUCCCUCCUCCUACAAGUCAGCUACCCAGACACCUUCUACCACAAGGCCACGGACGCGUCCUCAUCAGGCCCCUUCUCGCGCGUAAUCACAUGGACGCACGCGGGCGAGGAGCCCAAAAUCAUAGGCGGCAUCGUGUCUCACAUAGAGUCCGACGCCGACACCUCCGCCGCGGCCGCCCCGGUCCCCCCACAGAACCUGUACAUCCGCUCGCUGUGUCUGCUCUCGCCCUACCGCUCGCUGGGGCUGAUGAACGCCGCGCUCGACCACGUCGUUGCCACGGCGGCCAGCGCGCCGACGCUGGAUGUUCGCACCGUCACCGCCCAUGUCUGGACUGAGAACGAGGAGGGCCUCCACUGGUACGAGGCGCGCGGGUUCACGCGGCUGGAGCCUCCCGUGGAGGGGUACUACUUGAAGCUGCGGCCCGAUUCGGCGUGGCUCAUGAAGAGGGAUGUUGGCGCCAGCGUGAGGAGCAGUCUCCCCCGUGUGACUGGAAAUAACGGUGUUGCGGCUUCGUCACCCCCCCUCGCAGCGAGCACAACUGCUGCGGUUGUGAAUCUGCCUCCGCCGCCGCCGCCGACAUCUGGUCCUCCGUCCGCGCAAUCCACGCCGCCGCCGUCAGCACCAUCGCCACGGGGGGAAGCUGCGAGACCAAAAGCCGUGUCGGUGCAGUCGUAUCAGAGCCAACGGCCGGAUACGGAAUGGAACGACCUCCCGGCCGAUAUGGCCCAGAAGCUGGGUCCGCUGCGCAUGACGGGCAGUGAGUCGGCCUCGGCGGCGAGUUCCAGGAGUAGUUCACAAGCCCCGAGGAAGAAGAAGGAUCGCUCGUAUCCGGCCGCCGCGUUCGCCAACUGA